AUGUGGUUUUUACCCCUGGGCAGAACAGAGGAGAAAUUCUGGGCGGACGGGAAGUGGGCCGAGGGUGUGAAACUGGCAGCUGCUCCUGCGCCUGCUGAAGAUGAUCAUCCUGCCGCUGGUGGUCUGCAGCCUGGUGGCCGGCGCGGCCAGCCUCGACCCGGCCGCCCUGGGGCGCUUGGGGGGCUGGGCGAUGCUCUUCUUCCUCCUCACCACCUUGCUGGCCUCCUCGGCGGAGGGCUGGGCCCGGCCGAGAUCCUGCUCUUCUCCUUCCCCGGGGAGCUGCUCCUGCGCCUGCUGAAGAUGAUCAUCCUGCCGCUGGUGGUCUGCAGCCUGGUGGCCGGCGCGGCCAGCCUCGACCCGGCCGCCCUGGGGCGCUUGGGGGGCUGGGCGAUGCUCUUCUUCCUCCUCACCACCUUGCUGGCCUCCUCUAUCGGGGUCGCCCUGGCCUUCAUCAUCCAGCCCGGGCAGGGCGCCGCCGCCCCCAAGCUCUUCGGCGACCACGCGGACGAGGUGCCCGAGGCCAAGGAGGUAGUGGACUCCUUCCUGGACCUCAUCAGGAACAUCUUCCCCUCCAACCUGGUGUCGGCGGCCUUCCGAUCGUAUGCUACCAGUUAUAAGCUGAUAAUAAUCAAGAAGAAUGUAACAGAGGAAACUGGAGUUGUCAAUGAAACUAUAACGGAGCUAAAGAUGCCCAGCGGCCAAGAGGUGGAAGGAAUGAAUAUCUUGGGCCUGGUGGUCUUUGCCAUUGUCUUCGGGAUCGCUCUGAGAAAGCUCGGGCCCGAGGGGGAGAACCUCAUCAAAUUCUUCAACUCCUUCAACGAAGCCACCAUGGUCUUGGUGUCUUGGAUCAUGUGGUACGCCCCCUUAGGUAUCAUGUUCUUAGUGGCUGGCAAGAUUGUGGAGAUGGAGGACGUGGUGGUCCUUUUCACCAGCCUGGGCAAGUACAUCUGCUGCUGCCUGGUGGGCCACGCCAUCCACGGGCUGCUUGUUCUGCCCGUGAUCUAUUUCAUCUUCACCCGGAAGAACCCUUACCGCUUCCUCUGGGGCAUCUUCACGGCCCUUGCCACUGCCUUCGGCACCUCCUCCAGCUCCGCCACGUUGCCUCUGAUGAUGAAAUGCGUGGAGGAGAAGAAUGGCGUCUCCAAGCACAUCAGCCGCUUCAUCCUCCCCAUCGGGGCCACUGUCAACAUGGACGGGGCCGCCCUCUUCCAGUGCGUGGCUGCCGUCUUCAUUGCCCAGCUCAACAGCAUCCCGCUAAACUUCAUCCAGGUCAUCACCAUCCUGGUCACUGCCACGGCGUCCAGCGUCGGAGCGGCCGGGAUCCCUGCUGGUGGCGUCCUCACUCUUGCCAUCAUCCUUGAAGCUGUGGGGCUGCCCACCAACGACAUCUCCCUCAUUCUGGCGGUCGACUGGCUUGUAGAUCGUACCUGCACCGUCCUGAACGUGGAAGGUGAUGCUUUCGGUGCAGGGCUCCUGCAGGUGUACACGGAAAAGUCGAUGGGCAAAGCGGAAGCAGAAGAGCUGAUGGAAAUCAAGACGGAUGGCCUGGGUGUGAACAAGGGAGCCGAGGAGGGCUCCCCCCUCAUCAAGAGAGACGGUUCCACACAUUUAGAUGGUGUCGGCUCUUGUGAAAAAGAGUCUGUGAUGUAAUUGGCGUAUCAAAAAAUGGGGACAUUUUGGGAGCCUUGUUUCCCUUUCUUAGUUUUUUUUUAAAUGAUAGGAUUUUUUAAAGGACAGAGUUCAAAUCUCCUCCACUCUUUAGGACUUGGGUCUCUCCUAAGAUGGCGCGCUUCAUUUGGUGAUGGCACACUUUUUUGAUUCCAGCUCUACCCAUUUCCAGCUUCUAAAGGCCUGACCGCUCACUCUUCCUCACGGAAGUUUUCAAAAUCUUCUGUUUCAAAUGAGAAUUCCGCGGGGACUUUUUGGAAAUUGCUCCGUCUGACCUUGGACCCCCAAGGAGACAGGCUUGUGGGAGUUCGAUGCGGUUGCGAACUCUUGCCUAUUCUCAGAGAUGCUCUUCUGUGUACGUUCCAAGCCAGGUCUUGCAUUUAAAAAAAUUUCCAAGAUGGAAAUUGACAGCAGCAUCCGCGGGAGUCUCUUGGGUCACUCUGUCCUUAUUCCUGGACCUCCCGCUAUUUUGCUUCUUUUUAACUUUAUUCUAAAUAUCGGACCAAACUAACAGGAAGAGGAACAUCCGGAGCUCCCGUCUCACACACACACCCCUGCGUUGAACUCUGCGACCUGCCAGCCAUCCGACUCCUGUUUCCACUUCUCCGGCUUGUCCUCAUGCUGGAGAUUCGCUGAGUCCAACUCUUCAACUCAGCUGAACUCCGGGAAGGUAUUUUGUUUCCUGUCCUGCACCAACUUGAGAACUUGAUGAGCACACAAGGUGCCUUUUUCCAGAUCAGCAACUGUUCAGGGUGAGCGAGUUUUUUCCUUUCACAACCCUCGUCUACCAUUCCUGGUCACCGUGUCUUGGAAUCCACAUGCUGAGAUUUGAGUCCCUCGAUCACCGCCUCUGUGACCACCACGGGCACGGCCGCCUCGUGUGAAGGGCGUAAAACCCAUAGGCUUCACUCCACCUCUCCGUGUGUGUCUGUGACUUUAACCUCUGUGGCUUGAUGAAGUGGCCACUGUGUGUGGCGUAUAGCCGAGAGGGAAUUUAAUUUAUUUCUGGGACUUAUAAGAGAGUGGAAUGGUUUCUCUUUCAACACUGGAUUUAUGGUGGAGAUGGGGGUAAAGGUAGUCUUUCUUCUGAGAAUCUGAGACAGCCUUAGAUUUUCCCUUUGUCUAUAGUUCCCCACCUCUUGCUCCCAUCUUAUGCUGAGAAGAUACCAGCCUUGCAGUAGGGGGAUCGGCAACUGGUGUCCCUUGGACCAAAUGUAGGCUGAGGGGCGUUGCAACAAACAUUUUCAGACUGUAGGCAAGGAAAUGGAAAGGGGUUGUUGUUGGUGGUAUUAACCUGCUCUCUAUUUCAAUCCCCGCAUAAGCCCCAGAAUGGUGGAACGCUUUUCUAUGUCUGCAGAGGUCUCGACAACCAUGAGGACUGGGAACUUAAACUUCUUUAGAUUUUCUCAGCUGAGAGUCUCCCUAUGGGAUUGGAUGCUGCCAUGCGUGUCCUUUGUGAUUGCUCCGCCUUGCUAUUAUCAUUUGCCUUUGGGGGGACCCUCUUCCAGGCCUUGGGACCUGGUGGCAUACCUUGGGGGACCCUCUUGCGUCUUGUUUUCGGACUGCAACCCCCAGGAUUCCCCAGGCACUGGGAGGGAUUGUAGUCCAAAUAAUACAAAUCUCCACAUCUGCUUUUCACAGAUGGAAAUGUGGGACAUGACUUGAAAUCUCGUUUCAGUAGAUUUAGUUGGUAAACAGAGUCUCUUUUUAUUUUCGUGGGUCAGCUUCGUAGAGUUUUGUGCCCAAAUCCAGUUUCUUUCUGUGAAGCAUGGAAAAAGGCCAGCCACUAGAAGGGGCAACUGGGUUUGGUGGGUACGGUUGAAUCCUGAGGACGUGACUUUAAAGAGGCAGGCUCAGGCUCCAAUUGGGUUGAGUUGUAUUUAUGAUUUCUAUCGUGUCUUUGGAUGAAAAGAAGGCAUUCUUGUGCAGAAAACACGCCUUUAACCUCUUCGGCUGCUAAAAAGGUUCACUUGGUGAAAAUCUUAAGAAAGGAGAGGGCUGGGUGAUCCCAGGCUGACAGGAAGGGGUAUCAUCCUGCCUGCAUUGCUGUAUCUCCUGAAAUCUGAAUGUAAAAGAGGUCAGGCAGUGCCGACGGUCAGCAAAAAUGAGUCGAUUCCUGAACAGUUCAUAUCCCAUGGCUUGUCCCAUCCUGUCUUUCCAAAAAGUCCUGGAAAAAGAAUCAAGAAAACGUAGGCAUCGAGGUUGUGUGCAAAGCCGUCCUAAAGGACAAUCCUGUGAGGUGUAAAAACUGGAUUUGUAUGGCCAUUAUGUAAAUAUGGUCAGAGAAUGCCGUCUUCACACUUGGUAGUUCUACAGCCUUCCUGGGUUCUGAGAUACCCAUAUGGCCAUGAGGGCUAGAAACUUGAUUAUCUGGAAAAUAAAAGGUACCGUCUUCCAAA